CCUUUCCUGAGUAAAUAUUUGAGGUUAUGGAUUAACUAGUGUCCUCUGGGUUUGAUGGCGGAAGAGCAGACAACACAGAUUCAGCUAGUAAAAUAAGUUUGCAAUGUGUUGUACAAUGUGGAGAAUCAUUAUGCUUUGGGCAUUUCCAGCUGUCUUCAUAUUGCCUAGCGGACAUGGAGCAUCAGUGUUCUACAGCCAACAAGAAGCAAAUCAAGUUCUAAAAAUCCAGAAGCGGGCAAAUACUUUCUUGGAAGAAAUAAAGCCAGGUUCAUUGGAACGGGAAUGCAAUGAGGAACAAUGUGAUUUUGAAGAAGCCUGUGAGAUAUUUGAAAGCAAUGAAAGAGCACUAAGCUUUUGGACAAAAUAUUAUGAUGGAGACAUGUGUGAAUCUAGCCCAUGUUUCAAUGGAACCUGCCAAGAUGGCAUUGGGAAAUUUGACUGUGUUUGUAACAACGGCUGGGAGGGCCGCCUGUGCCAAAAUGAGGUCAUCUACACCAACUGUUCUACCAACAAUGGGGGCUGUGAACAUUACUGUAAUGAGGAUGAAAGAGAUAACAAGCAGUACCGUUAUUGUAGCUGCGCUUCAGGUUACCGACUGUCAGAUAAUCAUAUUUCUUGUCACCAAGAUGUGGAGUUUCCUUGUGGAAGAAUUGUGGAGCCCUCACCCCAGAUUGUUAAAGUAAUUGCGGGUAAAACUGGGAGAAAAGGAGACAGCCCCUGGCAGGUUAUGCUGAGCAACAGUGCGGGGAGGUUCAAAUGUGGUGGUGUUCUCAUACAUCCUGCCUGGGUUUUGACCGCUGCUCAUUGUGUGGUGGAUGAACAAAGAAUCAAACUGACAAUGGGUAAAUAUUAUCGUCUGCGAGCAGAGGACAGUGAGCAAGCUAUCCUUGUUGACAAGCAAUUGCCUCAUGAAAAUUACUCUGCAGAGACCUCUGACAAUGACAUUGCAAUGUUGCACUUGGUCCAUCCUGUUAUCGUGAACAAGUACAUAGUGCCCAUUUGCCUGCCUUCCAAGAAUCUAGCUCAUCAAGUGUUGAUGACAGAAGGGACAGAAACCGUAGUGACCGGAUGGGGCAGCCAGAGUGAUGAUAACAAGAAGAAUUACUCCUCUGUUCUCAAGUACAUCGAAGUUCCUAUUGCACCACAUAAUGACUGUAUCCAUGCUAUGUCCAAUUCCCUCUCCGAAAAUAUGAUUUGUGCAGGGAUAGCAGGAGAUAAACGGGAUUCAUGUCAUGGAGACAGUGGUGGCCCUAUGGUUGCAAAGUUCAAGAAUACAUGGUUUCUAGUUGGACUGGUAAGUUGGGGAGAAGGCUGUGGUGAUCCUAAGAACUUUGGAAUCUACACAAAGGUCAGCUCUUAUCUUGACUGGAUCUAUCAGAAAAUGAAAACAUAAGACUUUCUCACCAAACAUAAAAUCAUGAAAAGAGGACUAAAGGCUGCUUUGAAAGUGUACAGAGAAGUAUGCCCACUGUCUAAUAAAUACAGAAUAUAUUAAAAAGGA